AUGUGGCACUGAGGGACAUGGUUAGUGGGCAUGGUGGGGAUGGGCUGACGAUUGGACUAGAUGAUCUCAGAGGUCUCUUCCAACCUUAAUGAUUCUGUGGAGCCUUCUUUGCCACAGAUUCAGUCCAGGCAUUUCGUUUAAUACUGGUAGGCACCUCCAUUGUAUUAUAAUGAAUGGUUGUUUUAGUAAACAUGGGUUGAACCUUCAAGAACAGCGGAAAGAAUUCCUAUUCCUCUAAAUUGUAUGCAAAAUUUGAUUGGAGAGCACAACAGGAGCUGACAGACUUGCUUGGCCGCAUUCUGAUACAUUUUUGAAUGGUUGGAAAUCAAAGCACCUUCUGCACAGAAUCAGAAGCCACGCGGCAGGUCUGGUGGCCUGCAUCCUAAGGGUGGUUCCAAGAGUGGACCAACACAUUAGGCGUUGGCCCUUUGGAUUUUUGCAAUCACAGGUGUGCAGAGUUUCAUGUGGGGGAAUCACUGACAGGUCAGCUUCAGUUGCUCGAUCUCAGGUCUGAUUCCUGCUCUUGAAGACCAUGGGGAGAGCUCAUUAGAUAUAAGGAAAAUAUCUUUUACAGUGAGGGUGGUGAGGCACUGGAACAGGUUACCUAGUGUUGUGGUUGAUGCCCCAUCCCUGGAGACUUUCAAGAUGAGGCUAGAUAAGGCCCUGGGCAACCUGAUCCAGCUGUGGUGUCCCUGUUCAUUGCAGGGGAGUUGGACUAGAUGGCCUUCAGAGGUCCCUUCCAACUAAGGAUUCUACGAUUCUGUGAGAGGUGGUGUGUCUUAAGAGAUGGCAGAUGUUCAUUCAUUUUUUCCAGUGUGGCUUCUUAAAUGAGUCAUCUGACUCUUAAAACACUGGAGUGCUACAGGAUAAAAAUAAACUAGAAAGUAUUUCUCUCUAUUAACAAGUAUUUUUAUUCGGUGAUAGGAGGGUGUGAUGGUUGUGUCAGACAAUCUUGGCUUCAGCAGCAGUGGCGUGUUACAGUUUAGGAAGACAGAGGAGCUGCAACAAUGUGAAGAAAUGUGGCUUUCUAUGAAUUAUUAAAAAGAUGCAGUGCCUUAUUACUGCAAAUAUGGCAAAAGAGAUGUGUGAAAAUAGUACCGAAAAUGCAACUUACAAGAAAAGACGUUCAGUUAAAGCAUAUGAAGACCAAGCCCAGAAACCCGUUCUGGCAGGAAAUGACCUAGAUAUGUACCAACACCAGUUCCUGGAACUUCGCCAAAGACUACUGUAUGCUGAAAAAGAAAAUAAGAGAAGAUCACACGAGCUGAGCAGUGCCCUAGAUGAAAUAAAACAUAUAGUUGCAAAAAGAAUUAACUUGACAACGAAUCAUACAGAUGGUAUGAAAGUAUUAAAUGUCACCAGAAAACUCCCCGUGCAUCUUACAAACCUGUACUACUACCUUCCUCACCUUCGAGAAUAUGAAGACGCCAUUUUUCCAAAUGUUGUUAUUGGGCAACAGAGAACUGGAGUCUCAGUGGUGAUGGGUAUUCCUACUGUGAAAAGGGAAAAACAAAGUUACCUGAUGAGCACGCUGCAUUCCCUGUUGUAUGGACUUUCUGAAAAGCAAAAGAAUGACUGUGUCAUAAUCAUCUUUGUAGCAGAGGUGAAUGCGGAAUAUGUUAGCAGUGUUGCAGAAAGUGUUAAAACCAGCUUCCCCAGAGAAGUCCAGUCUGGAGUCCUAGAGAUUAUUUCUCCUCCUGCUUCUUACUAUCCAGAUCUUUCCAAUCUGAGGAAAACAUUUGGGGAUUCAGAGGACAGAGUAAGGUGGAGAACAAAACAGAAUUUGGAUUAUAGCUUUUUAAUGCUAUAUGCUCAACAUAAGGGAACAUAUUAUUUACAGCUGGAAGAUGAUAUUAUAGCCAAACCUGAUUACAUUCAAAGUAUAGAAAACUUUGCUGCUGAACAGUCCCAAGAGUGGAUGAUUCUUGAGUUCUCCCAGCUUGGAUUUAUCGGAAAAUUGUUUAAAUCAGAAGACUUGCCACUUAUAGUAGAAUUUUUUCUGAUGUUCUAUAAAGAUAAGCCCAUAGACUGGCUUCUAGACCACCUGCUCUGGGUCAAAGUGUGCAAUCCAGAAAAGGAUGCAGCACACUGUGAAAAGGAAAAGGCAAAGUUACGUAUCCGUGCUAAGCCAUCUCUCUUUCAGCAUAUGGGAAUUCAUUCAUCGUUGUCUGGGAAGAUACAAAAUUUGAAAGAUAAAGAUUUUGGCAGAAGUGUGCUACAUAAAGCACAUAAUAAUCCACCUGCAAAACUGGCUACAAGUCUAAGCAUAUAUCAGCAAUAUACCUUGGAAAAAGUUUAUGAAGGAAAAGACUAUUUUUGGGCUUCAGCUCCAGUGGCUGGGGACUAUAUCACCUUCACCUUUUUGAAGCCACUAAAAGUAGAAAAAUACUUAUUUAGAAGUGGAAAUAUGGAGUACCCUGGUGAUAUACUAUAUGACACUACUGUGGAAGUGUUGCCAGCUGAUGAAGCUGUAAGGAAAGGACUGGUUGGUAAUGGAAGUAAAUUCAACUACCCUGCAACCAAAGAUGGAUAUUUAAAGAUAGGGGCUUUUGAAAAUGGAAUUGCAGAAGGCAGCAUCGAUCUGUCAGUAGGAGAAAUACUGGCUAUUCGUUUAUUAGUCAAUUCUGAUUCCCGUGUAUGGGCAAUACUUAGUGAGGUACUUAUCAAGACGUCUGAAAACUGAGAACUGGAAAAAGCAUAUUUUUGACACGUCACUUGUUGCAGACUUGUUUGAAGCUUAACUAACAGCAUCGAAGACCUGAGCGGAUAUAAAGAACAAAUCCAGACCCAAUACUGUGUAUUGGCAAAGAGCGGAGACAAUUGUUAAAUCUUUAUGUAACAACUAUUAAAAGCUAUGAAAAACCUGAUUAUGUUAGAACCUUCCAUAAAAUGCUGUUGAUUAAGCUGUUCUAGAUAAAAAUUCCAUCUCAGUUGGACAACGUUAUUAAUUACUGUAAGCAAUUGACAAGGCAUUACAGGCAACCUCAGGGACAAAACAGGACAGUAUAUUUCUAGUACACUAGAACUAAAUGUAUGGACAUUUAGGGAAAAUAUUAAGCACUAAGAACACUGGUCUGUUUUGAAGGGAAAAUAGAACUGAAGGAAAAAUUGUCAGUAUUUCAUGCAAGUACUUAGAACAGUCCACCAGAGAAAGGAGUAACUUAGCAAUAUGAAAGUGGGUCUCAAACGUAGCACAUUUCAGCCUUAAUGUAGCAUAAGGUAUGUUUAAUUUCUUUUUUUUUUAAUGGAAAUUGCUUAUAAAUUGCCAUUUGAAUACCUUGAAAAUCAAACAGGUAUUGUUCGGAGGACUGUAAAACUUUUCUGCGAAUUGUGCAUUGAAUUAACUACAGGGAAUAAUCGGUAUAAGACGUGUAACUAUAUUUUUGUAGGAAGAAUAUCUAUUUCAAUAAAGUUUUGUAUGCUGCCAUUCAAUAA